AUGGGCCCCUGUACCGCCUCCUCAUGCUGCUGCCAGGCCCCUAAUCUGCCAUGGGCCCCUGUACCGCCUCCUCAUGCUGCUGCCAGGCCCCUAAUCUGCCAUGGGCCCCUGUACCGCCUCCUCAUGCUGCUGCCAGGCCCCUAAUCUGCCAUGGGCCCCUGUACCGCCUCCUCAUGCUGCUGCCAGGUCCACAGUGUGUCAUGGGUCCCACCGCCUCCCAUUGUGUGUCACUCUGCCAUGUGCCACUUUCAGGUCUCCUCACACUGCUGCUGGGUUCCAUUUUGUCAUACGGGGCCUCCCAUGCUGGCAGAUUACGGGCCUCCAUUGCUGCUGGGCCAGGCCCCUAAUCUGCCAUGGGCCCCUGUACUGCCUCCCUGUACCGCCUCCUCAUGCUGCUGCCAGGUCCACAGUGUGUCAUGGGUCCCUGUACCGCCUCCCUGCUGCUCUGUCUCCAUCGCCACACUCUGCCAUGUGCCACUUUCAGGUCUCCUCACACUGC